AAACAAAAGAGAAGUUCUCUGUUUCAAAAAAAAAAGAAAAAGAGUUCUCUUUUGGGCCAGGGCCAAUAAGCCCAUUUCAGAUCGCGCCCUCAAAGACAAACGCCAUCACCUAUCAACGGAUAAGAUCACACACAGGAGCUUCUUCGUUCACAAGGUUCUUUCUGAUCAUAAAAAUGGCAAUCACGGGAACAGCUCUGCCAUUGAGCUCCUCCUCUUCUUCUUCUUCUUCAUACCUUAGAAGAAACUACAGUCUACUUGCAGGCAACAAUACGCCGCCGUUUACCGCUGCAAAGCUUCCUCCGAGGACCUCAUAUUGCACCAUUGUAUCUCAACAGAAAUCCAAGAAGCUCAGAAAGAUAAUACUGAAAGAGGAUGUGGAAGCGUUGGGGAAGAAGGGAGAGCUGUGCGCUGUGAAGGCAGGUUACUAUAGGAAUUACCUGCAUCCGCUGGGAAUGGCUCAAAUUGUCACAUCUCAACUUCUUAAAGAAAUGAAGAUUGAAGAAGAGAGAAUUGAGGCUGAGAAAAGACGGGUUAAAGAAGAAGCACAGCAACUUGCUCUAGUUUUUGAAACUUUUGGAGGCUUGAAAGUAAAACGCACGGUCGGUAAAGGAAAACAAAUAUUCGGAAGUGUCACUACCCAAGAUCUUGUGGACAUAAUCAAAGCUCAAUUACAAAGGGAUGUGGACAAAAGAAUAGUUUCUCUUCCAGAGAUUCGUGAAACUGGAGAAUACACUGCUGAACUCAAACUUCAUCCAGAAGUGACAGCGCAACUUAAAGUGAUUGUAUACGGAAAUUGAAGGCAGGGACUUGCAAGAUUAGUUUACACUUUAUUAAUGGAAGUUCAUUAUGAGCCAUUUUGUCGAGAGAGGGAGGAGAGCACCGUCACAAGCUACCAAUAUCAAGUCCUGAAUUUGUAAGCAUUUUUUUCUCCUUCCAUCCCCCGGCCCCUUGUGUGUCUUGGUUUUAAAUUCUACGCGCUGAGAUACAAUGUGAUGUAUUUUUCAUUGUGAUUUUGAAACAUUUAACUUAUUGUUGUUGAACAUGCAUAUCCCACAUACCCUAUUUCUAAGAGGAUUUACAAGGAAUGCUUUGGUUUAAGAACUCGCACCAGAUCUUUGCUUUGUAUCAAUAUAUCUUUGUCACAAUCUUAUAUUC